GCGGCGAAUGCCCCUCUUGCUGUGUGCGGGAGACGUGAAGCCUGGCGCUGGGACCGGCCCGCGAUGGAGUGACUCCCCUCCCCGGCCUUUCUGCACGGACGGUGCUAGCCCCGCGGAGCCCGACCAGGGCAGCCCUCUCUUCAGGCCGCCGCAGCGGCAGCGCCCGGUUAAGGGCGAGCGGACCCCGUCCGGUCGGAGAAGCCCCCGGGGGAGGGGCAGCUGCUGCUGGGUGCCCGGCUGCCGGGCUCGGGGCGCAGAGCGAUGGCGGCGCGGGGAGCCAGGCGGCUCCUCGGCUCCCUGUGGAUCGCCCUGCUCCUAGGGCAGCCGGACCUGGCCGGUGCCGCCAGGAGCAGCUCGCAGAGCCCCGCAGGGUCCACCGUGAGAACCUUCACUCCGUUUUAUUUUCUGGUGGAGCCAGUGGACACGUUAUCAGUUCGAGGGGCUUUUAUCAUACUGAACUGUUCAGCUUACUGUGAGCCUUCUCCAAAAAUUGAAUGGAAGAAAGACGGGACUUUCCUAAAUUUGGUGUCAGAUGACCGGCGCCAGCUGCUACCAGAUGGAUCUUUAUUAAUAAACAGUGUGGUGCAUUCCAAACACAAUAAACCUGACGAAGGAUAUUAUCAGUGUGUGGCAACCGUGGAAAGCCUUGGGACCAUUGUAAGCAGAACAGCAAAGCUUACAGUAGCAGGACUUCCAAGGUUCACUAGCCAGCCAGAAUCAGCAUCUGUCUAUAGAGGAAACAGCGUAAUUCUGAACUGCGAGGUUAAUGCUGAUCUGGUACCAUUUGUGAGGUGGGAGCAGGAUCGUCAACCACUCUUUUUGGAUGACCGUGUAUUCACAUUACCAAGUGGAGCUCUAAUCAUUAGCAAUGUUGCAGAUGGGGAUGGCGGACUCUAUCGCUGUGUCAUUGAAAGUGGUGGGUCGCCCAAAUACAGUGAUGAAGCAGAGCUUAAAGUUCUUCCAGAUCCAGAGGUUCCAUUAAACCUGGUGUUUCUGAGGCAACCUUCUCCACUUACCAAAGUUACUGGGCAAAGUGCAGUUUUCCCAUGUGUCACUGCAGGAUUUCCAACUCCAGUUGUCAGGUGGAUGAAAAACGAAGAAGAACUUACCACAGAAGGCUCUGAAAAAUUUCUGUUACUGGCGGGAGGGAGCCUGGAGAUCAGUGAUGUCACAGAAGAUGAUGCUGGGACAUAUGCCUGCAUUGUGGAUAACGGGAAUGAGACAAUUGAAGCUCAAGCAGAACUUGCAGUUCAAGCUCCACCUGAAUUUCUGAAGCAGCCUGCUAAUAUUUAUGCUCAUGAAUCUAUGGAUAUUGUCUUUGAGUGUGAAGUGACUGGGAAACCAACUCCAACAGUGAAAUGGAUCAAGAAUGGAGACAUGGUGAUCCCUAGUGACUACUUCAAAAUUGUAAAGGAGCAUAACCUGCAGGUUUUGGGUCUUGUGAAAUCAGAUGAAGGAUUCUAUCAGUGCAUUGCAGAAAAUGAUGUUGGAAAUGCACAGGCUGGAGCCCAGCUGAUAAUACUUGAACAUGAUGUUGCCAUCCCAACAUUACCUCCCACUUCACUGACCAGUGCCACUACUGACCAUCUAGCACCAGCUACAACUGGACCAUUGCCUUCGGCUCCUCGGGAUGUCGUGGCCUCCCUCGUCUCUACUCGCUUCAUCAAACUCACGUGGCGGACACCAGCAUCAGAUCCUCAUGGAGACAACCUCACCUAUAUGGUAUUCUACACCAAGGAAGGUAUAAACAGGGAACGUGUUGAAAAUACAAGUCGUCCUGGAGAGAUGCAAGUGACAAUCCAAAACCUGAUGCCAGAGACCGUGUAUGUUUUCCGAGUUGUGGCUCAAAACAAACAUGGCCCUGGAGAGAGCUCAGUACCACUGAAGGUGGCGACUCAGCCUGAAGUUCAACUUCCUGGUCCAGCGCCGAACAUUCGAGCAUAUGCUAAUUCACCCAUUUCAAUCACUGUCACAUGGGACACACCGUUGUCGGGCAAUGGUGAAAUCCAGAACUACAAGCUCUAUUACAUGGAAAAGGGGACAGAUAAUGAACAGGAUGUUGAUGUUGGAGGUCACUCCUACACCAUUAGUGGAUUAAAGAAAUAUACCGAGUACAGCUUCCGAGUGGUAGCCUACAAUAAACACGGUCCUGGAGUCUCUACCCAAGAUGUUGUUGUGCAGACUCUGUCAGAUGUCCCCAGUGCUGCACCACAGAAUCUGUCGAUGGAAGUGCGGAAUUCCAAGAGCAUCAUGAUACAUUGGCAACCCCCUCCUGCAGGAACACACAAUGGUCAAAUCACCGGCUACAAAAUUCGCUACCGUAAAGCAUCUCGUAAGAGUGAGGUAUCCGAGAGCAUUGGUGGGACACAACUUUUCCAGCUAAUCGAAGGUCUUGAGCGAGGUACAGAAUACAGUUUCCGUGUGGCUGCCUUAACAAGCAAUGGUACAGGACCAGCUACUGAUUGGAUAUCAGCAGAAACUUUUGAGAGUGAUCUAGAUGAAACUCGUGUUCCAGAAGUUCCAAGCUCCCUACAUGUUCGCCCACUUGUUACAAGUAUUGUAGUGAGCUGGACUCCUCCUGAAAACCAGAACAUUGUGGUAAGAGGAUAUGCUAUAGGGUAUGGCAUUGGCAGUCCUCAUGCACAGACUAUCAAAGUGGACUACAAACAGCGCUAUUACACCAUUGAGAACUUGGAUCCAAGUUCCCACUAUGUCAUAACUCUGAAAGCAUUUAACAAUGUUGGUGAAGGAAUCCCACUCUAUGAGAGUGCAGUGACCAGGCCUCAUACAGUGCCAGAUCCCUCCCCCAUGAUGCCACCGGUGGGAGUUCAGGCUUCCAUUCUGAGCCAUGACACCAUAAGGAUCACUUGGGCAGACAACUCUCUGCCGAAAAAUCAGAAGAUCACAGAUGCUCGCUACUACACGGUCCGCUGGAAAACAAACAUUCCUGCAAACACGAAGUACAAGACUGCAAACACAACCACCUUGAGCUAUUUAGUGACCAGUUUAAAACCAAACACCUUGUAUGAAUUCUCUGUGAUGGUGACUAAAGGUCGAAGAUCAAGUACUUGGAGUAUGACAGCUCAUGGAACUACCUUUGAAUUAGUUCCUACGUCUCCACCAAAAGAUGUGACUGUGGUGAGCAAAGAGGGAAAACCUAGGACAAUAAUUGUAAACUGGCAGCCUCCUUCUGAAGCCAAUGGCAAAAUUACAGGAUACAUCAUUUACUACAGCACAGAUGUGAACGCUGAGAUACAUGAUUGGGUCAUUGAGCCUGUGGUGGGAAACAGAUUGACACACCAGAUCCAAGAGUUAACCCUUGAUACGCCAUAUUAUUUCAAAAUCCAGGCCCGCAACUCCAAGGGCAUGGGGCCUAUGUCGGAGGCAGUACAGUUCAGAACACCCAAAGCAUUAGGGUCUGCAGGAAAAGGAAGUCGGCCAUUGGAUAUAGGACCUGACUACAAACCACCCAUGAGUGGCAGUAACAGUCCUCAUGGAAGCCCCACAUCCCCCCUGGAUAGCAACAUGCUUCUAGUCAUAAUAGUAUCUGUUGGAGUGAUCACCAUUGUGAUAGUGGUGAUUGUUGCUGUCUUCUGCACUCGUCGCACCACCUCUCACCAGAAAAAGAAACGAGCUGCCUGCAAAUCAGUGAAUGGGUCCCAUAAAUACAAAGGAAAUUCCAAGGAUGUCAAACCCCCUGACCUUUGGAUCCAUCAUGAGAGACUGGAGCUGAAACCCAUUGAUAAAUCUCCAGACCCUAACCCAAUCAUGACAGACACCCCAAUCCCUCGCAACUCCCAGGACAUCACACCAAUUGACAAUUCCAUGGAUAGCAAUAUCCAUCAAAGGCGCAACUCAUACAGGGGGCAUGAGUCAGAGGACAGCAUGUCCACAUUGGCAGGAAGAAGAGGGAUGAGGCCAAAAAUGAUGAUGCCAUUUGAUUCUCAGCCCCCUCAGCCUGUGAUUAGCGCUCAUCCCAUCCAUUCACUCGAUAACCCUCACCAUCAUUUCCACUCCGGCAGCCUCGCUUCUCCAACUCGCAGCUAUCUCCAUCAUCAGGUCAACCCUUGGCCGAUUGGCACAUCCAUGUCCCAUUCAGACAGGGCCAAUUCCACAGAAUCUGUUCGAAAUACACCGAGCACAGACACCAUGCAGGCUUCCUCAUCUCAGACAUGUUGUGCUGACCAUCAAGAGCCAGAAAGUGCCACAGCAUCUUAUCUGGCCAAUGCGCAGGAGGAGGAUUCAGGUCAAAGUCUCCCUACUGCCCACGUCCGUCCCUCUCACCCUCUGAAGAGCUUUGCAGUGCCAGCAGUUCCACCCACAGGUUCCACAUAUGACCCAGCAUUGCCAAGCACACCAUUAUUGACGCAGCAAGCUUCUAACCAUCCAGUUCACUCGGUGAAGACUGCGUCAAUUGGGACUUUAGGGAGAACUCGACCGCCUGUGCCAGUGGUAGUGCCCAGCGCUCCCGAUGUGCAGGAGACCACCAGGAUGCUUGAGGACUCAGAAAGUAACUAUGAACCGGAUGAGCUGACCAAAGAGAUGGCCCACCUGGAAGGACUAAUGAAGGACCUUAAUGCCAUCACUACAGCAUGAGCAUCUUCACCAGGACAUGACUCCAAAUCCAGUUUCACAAGUCUUGGAACUCAGCCUUGGAACACAAGGAAUUGUACAGAGAAAGAGAGGGACAGCACACGAGAGCAGACGUAGAAAGCAAACAAACCAACUGGUGCAUUAAUGCUAAUGCUGGUUAAAAAAGAUGACUUUUCUCCUCCUCGUCCUGAAACAAAGUCAUUGCUAAGUUGAAGUCUUGUUUGCCUGCUGAGACCAUGCAGGAUGGGACACUUCAGGUGAAAUCUAGUGUCCAAGCAAGAGGGGGGAAAAAAUCAAAUGGACUUUACAUUCUUUUUCUGGUCAGGUUUUGUCUCAGUGGUGUGAUUGCCCUGCCUUUUCAGUGUUGGACAUUCGCAUUUAUGUACAAUUUUAUUUGUGUGUUUUUAUUUUAUUUUAUCUUUUUUUAUAAAAAGGAAAAAAAUUGUGUAAUCUGAAAAAAAAGAAAAACGUUGUUUUCCACAGCCUAGACUGAUGUUUGACUGCUUGUUCUAUUGUGUGUGGAAAUUCAUUGCCAGUGUGGGGUAUUCUGUUUUGGUUUUUUUAUUCUGCAUAUAAUUACACCCCCUUCCAGCAGUUAAUCCAUGGCCAUUUGGGAUGCUGCAUUGCUAUUUGUAAGCUCUUUUAUUAUUUUUAUAUUAUAAUUAUUAAAAGCCUGACUUUCUCCUCUCAUCACUGUGAGAUUACAAAUCUGUUUGAAUUGAAAUGUAACAUUGAAAGACUUGUUUGUCGCUUUUUGUGCAGUUUCAAUACUUUGAUGGGGGAAAAGUUAAUGGGGAAGGGGGAGGGGAGCCAGGGGCUAAUGGGAGGUUUCCUUAUUGUUGUUUUCCAGUCUUCAUAUGUUCACUAAAAUACUGAAGAAAAUGAAAGCAUCUUCUGUUAUGUCCUUUCUUGUAACUUAAUUAUAUCUCUGGUUAUUAAAUUGCAGUGGGAGUGUCAUUUAGAACCAUUUUUUAAAAGUUCCUCUUAUACAGUAGGAUUCCUUAUGUACAGAUGACAUCACCAUUUAUUUUGGCAACAGUGCUUGGAUUUAUUGUUAGCUAUAAUUUUAAAGAUCCUACAGAUCUUAAAACUUUUAAGUGCAAAUUGAGCAUUAUUUCAGCUCUUAGAACAUACAGCAGUCAGCAGUGCACAGUUUGCACAACACUUCUCCGCUGCUAGGGUGCUUAAAUCUGGGGUUUAAGUGCUGGCAUAUCCUGAAGCAGAGAAAGGUGGAGCUCUUGUAAUCCAGCAGGAUAGCAUGCCUUUGGAAACAAUCAAACCCCACCCAUAGGAUCUUUUAACUAGAUAAACCCCACCCAGAUGCUCUUUCAGCUAGAUCAACCCUAGUGUAGUUUUGCUGUCCCAGGCCAUUUAAACAGUGCUUUGAAAAGAAUCUUAAAUGUUCAACUACAAUCAAGGCAAAAUGUAUUUUUCUACAUAUUUAAAACCCGUUGAAAAAUCAGUGUUAAUGACUCAGGUGCUGUUCACACAUCUCUCUAGGAGGGGGAGGGAAGUUAAAAGGGAAUUCCUGCAUGAGGAGAAAGUGGUGGGGCGAGGUAAGUGAAGUGUCUUCUUUUUCCUCCUUGCACACUCACUGCCAUGUGGUACACCAGCAUGCUUGGCUGUGCCACACUCGGCAAUGGUGACUGGCCUGAGGAGUAGUGUUUGAUGAAAUCUCAGCUUCCCAUGGAACUCAUAUACACACUUUUUUGAAGAAAGGAAAACAAGAACUUACUGAUGGCUUUAUAUGGAAAAUCUAUUCUGCCAAAGCAGGUUAAUGAUAGGAGAGGUGAGGUGAAUAGCACUUCCAGUGGGCACAAACUGGCUCUCUGGGAGACACUUGCACCUCUCAGAACAUUGAGCAGGCAACAUUAGGAUUUAUGUAAUAAAGAAAGCAAUAAGACUGCAUAUUCUUUUUCUUCUAUCCAUUGGAUUAAAAGCUGACCCUCUAGGCUUAUGGUUUGGUUCCUGACGCUGAGAAGGGACGCAAUGAAUCAUCCUGGAAAGUAGCUGGGACUUAUUUGGGAUUUGACUUCCUUUCUUUUCCUAGACUCCUCGUGUGUUGCCAUUUCCAGCGGGUUUGCUGGUAUUAUUUAUUAUUUGGGUGGGGGAUGGGGGGCAUUGGUGAAAAGUGCAACAUUUGAGUACCCCGGGCCACCUGAAAAUAGAUGUUCAGGCCUUUGUCAAUACAAUUCAGGACAAAAUAAGCUACAGAACUUGUAUUUAAUGAACAAAACACACACACUUGGAUGCACAUGUUGCUUGUAAGGGUGGUGUGUGUUUUCCUCUGAUCUAUACCCAAAGAAAUGCCAUCAUGUGUAUUCAGUACUCUUAGCUUGUGGGUCUUUGUGAAUAUUACUUAUGUACAACACAGGGAAUGUUAAUAUUGCCAUUGAAUUUGGGGUGGGGGCUAGUAUAUUUUUACUGAUAAAACAACUUUUCAAAGUUGUUGUUUUUUAAGGUUAAACUAAAAGAAAUGCUCAAAUCAGUGUACAAUCUGUAUUGCACUUUUUCACAUUUUAAUGCUACAUUUUCUUACAUAUCCUGUGAUUUUGAAUUUGGAACAUUGUGUAUCUUGUAGUGUCGUAGUUAGGCUGAAAAUGGCAGCUUCCUUCAGAAGGAUUUGGGAAAAAACAAAACAACCCAGUAUAUGGUUUUAUGAUUCUGAUGUAGGAGAAUUUUGAGGACUGCUGUAGAAUUCUACCUUUCUGUACAAUUUUUUUUCCUUUUCUGUAGUAUUUGCUGUAUACUCUAUGGCUUUUUUAAUAACUUCAUGUUUAUUAUUUAGUAUUGGAUAUCCAAUACACAUUUUUUA